GAGUCCCGAUUCCCUCUCGAGUUACUCUGUAGACGCCGAGACUGGCAGUCAGCUCCCGGCUACAGUCUGUCUCAGCACCUUGCCUGCUCCUAAUGUCCUUGGCACCACCGUCCUUCACGACUGAACAACGUUGCGACUAAAUACCCAGUAAGGCAAGAAAGGAUAAAUAAAAUAGAUAAAACGGUAAAAAGACGAAGGAAUCCUGGAUCCCAGAUGCCAUUUUACAAUUAGCCUAUCCAUGAUUUAUUUCUGUAGUUGUCUGCGAAGCCAGCGCAGGAACGGGUCGAGAGGAUAAGCCAGACUGACGAGGAACUGCUUAACUUUGCAACCUGCUGUUAGGUUGUUGUUGGUUACACAAGGGACAGCGAUAAGCGACACCAUUGCGGAGAUACCUGGUCAUUAAACCUCCUUGCCUUUAAAAAAAUUCUUCUUGCAUGGAUACAUCAUGGCUACGUUUGUAUGCAGGGUUCAGUUCCUAGAUGAUACCGAUCCAUUCAACAGCACCAAUUUCCCCGAACCGACGAGACCACCUCUCUACACAUUCAGAGAAGAUAUUCCGCUCAUAAACCAGAUUGCCGGAGUCCAUAGGCAGCUCAAAGCCCCUCAUAAGCUUGAUGACUGUGCCCUGCAGCUGUCUCACAAUGGGACCUACCUGGACCUGGAGUCUACGCUGGCAGAGCAGCGGGACGAGCUCGAGGGCUUUCAGGAAGACGGCGGGCGGGGGAAGAAACACAGCAUCGUUCUGCGUACUCAGUUGUCUGUCAGAGUCCACGCCUGCAUCGAGAAACUCUACAACUCAAAUGGACGAGAGUUAAGGAGAGCCCUGUUUUCUCUGAAGCAGAUUUUUCAGGAUGACAAGGACCUCGUCCAUGAGUUUGUUGUGGCGGAGGGACUGACAUGCUUGAUAAAGGUGGGAGCUGAGGCCGAUCAGAACUACCAGAACUACAUCCUCAGAGCGCUGGGACAGAUCAUGCUGUACGUGGAUGGGAUGAAUGGAGUCAUAGGUCACAACGAGACCAUCCAGUGGCUUUACACGCUGAUCGGAUCCAAGUUCCGCCUGGUGGUGAAGACGGCCCUGAAGUUGCUGCUGGUGUUUGUGGAGUACACGGAGCGAAACGCCACCCUGCUGAUCGAGGCCAUCAACGCCGUGGACACCAAGAGGAAGUGCAAGCUGUGGUCAAAUGCCAUGGAGAUUCUGGAUGAGAAGGACGGAGUGGACACAGAGCUGCUGGUGUAUGCGAUGACCCUCAUCAAUAAGACUCUGGCCGGGCUACCAGAUCAGGACUCCUUCUAUGAUGUGGUGGACUGCCUGGAAGAGCAGGGGAUUGAGGGUCUAGCUCAGAGACAUCUGAACAGGAAGGGGACAGACUUGGACCUGGUGGAGCAGUUCAACAUGUAUGAGAUGACCCUGAGGCACGAGGAUGGCGAUGACGACAGCCAGCCGCCCGCGGGGUGCAAAGAGCGCCGCCGCGCCAGCCUGGGGGGCAGCAGCGAGAAGCGGGGCCUGGAGAGGAGGCGCAGCAGGAGGCACUCCCUCCAGAAAGAGAGGGGCAGCACCUCCGCCCCAGCCUCCCCCAGCAGCCCGCACUGCCAGGGCCCCUCGGGAAGCAUCCUGCCCUUUGCCGGGCACAGGAUGGAGGACGUGAGCGAGAGAGAGGAAUAUGAGGAGGAGGAGGAGGAGGAGGGUGAGGAGGAGGAGGAGGAAGAAGAAGAGCAGCCAAUCACAGAAACCAGUACUAAGGAGGAGUCCCGUAGACAGGGCACACCCAGUGGGGGAGAGCACACGCCUCCCUCAGCAGACGUAGAGAAAGCUGGUAGCUUGUGCUUGCCCUGUAAGUGUGUAGUCACUGUCAUCCCAAAUGCCACUGCUGUCGAGGAAGCAGAGGAAAGUGGGCCGGAGGACUCUCCCUCCAGAACAUCCAUGUGCACUCUUUCUCCCGAUUCUGCCCUCCGCCCCACUUCCCCACAGCCCUCUGUCCUGGCCUCCCUGCUGGCCCAGAGGAAGUCCUCUGUCACUGUCCCCGCCUCCACAGUCCCCUCCCCCUGCUCUCGCGGCUCCUCCUCCAGGGGCUCAUCUGUAAUCACCACCCCCUCCACCUCCCCCACUGUGGAGCGCCUGCCCUACCUCCCCCACUCCCCCUUCCACCUCUUCUCCUAUGACUUCGACGAGGACGAGGCCCCUGCUCGGGAGGGCGAGAAGGGCGAGGCAGGCGAGAGGGGCUGCAGUCAGGCAGAUGCAUCUUACUCAAACAGCUCCUACGCUCCGUAUUCACCCCGAAUGUCUCGUACCUCCGGCAGGAAUGGUGGAUUGGGGAGCCCAUAUCCUGGAAGGUCCUAUGCCACACUCAGUGCCCCCUCCACUCCUUCCAAUCGCUACGCCAACGCAGUCUCGCCUUCAACAGAGCCAAAGACAGACCGGCCUGCUCUGGGGGGCUUGUUGACGUCCUCGUACCGGCAGCACCAAGAGUCUCUGGCAGCGGAGCGGGAGAGGCGGCGUUUGGAGAGAGAAGAGCGGCUGCUGAAGAUCGAGCGUGAGGAGAGGAACCGAUUCAACCGGGACUAUGUGGACAAAAGGGAAGAGGCCAGACAGGCCAGAGAGGAGAGGUACAAGAAUGUGGAGAAGCUGGCAGCAGAGGAGUAUGAGAAGGAGCGCACGCGACUGGCGCCGAGAGGACGCAGCGAACUGACCCUGAGCCUGAGUCUGCAUCCAACCAGCUCCUCAUCGUCCCGUUGUGCCACCCCGUCCUCCGUGGAGUCCCAGGAGGACUCCGCUUCUCGUUUACCCUCGACAAGAGCAGUCGUCAGUGAACCAGAGCCAGAGCCAGAGUCAGAGUCAGAUUUCAGACCCGCAACCAGCCCAGAGCCAGACCUGACAGAACCGGAAGCUUCUACAGAGCCAGAGGAGGAACAGGGUCCAGAAGAGGAAGUGGAAGAGGAACCGGAAGAGGAAGUAGCUCAGCUCAAGCCUGAACAGGAAGCAGAGGAAGGUGAUAGGACUGUUGUAGAACAGGAGGAAGACCGUGGAGAGGAAAAGGAGAGGUUGGAAGUUGAGGUGGAGGAAGUGGUGGAGCCAGAGCCAGAGCCGGAGGUGGAGGUGGAGGUGGAGGUGGAACAAGAGCAGACACCAGAGCGGGAAAGUGAGGACCAUGCCAUUUUGAGUGAAAAGGAGCGGCAAAAUGAGGAGGUGAAUGAAAAAGACAAUUGCUCCGCCUCCAGCAUCUCCUCAGCUAGCAGCACUUUGGAGCGGGAGGAGAGGGAGGAGAAACUUACUAGUGACAAUGAGACAGGCCAGUGGGCACAGUGCAUUAAAGAUGUGGACGUGAAUGAACAGUGCAGCAAGAUCCUCAACAGCAAACUCUUCAUGCUGGACAUGCUGUACGCCCAAAACAAGAAGCCUGAGGAGAACGAGGAGGGAGAGGAGGAAGAGGGUGAAAAGGACAAAGAGGAGAAGGACUGUGAGGACCAGGACCCCUCAGUGACCAGCCUGGCCAGCAGGAUCUCCACUCUGGAGGCCAGCCGCCUGGCUUCGGAGGACAACGUCAGGAAGAUGGACAUGGGCCACCUGGAUAACCAGGGCAGCGUCCGAGCCUUUGCAGAGAAGUUUGGGGACCUGGUGAAGGGCCUGGUGUCGCCGCCCGAGAGCGAGUCGCAGGAGAAGCAGCCGGAGAAGGCCGUGCCCGCCUCAACGCCAAUGCCGCCCAAGAAGGAGUCGGACUACAUCUGGGACCAGCUGAUGGCCAGCCCCCGGGAGCUCCGCAUCAAAGACAUGGACUUCACUGACCUGGUGGACGAAGACGACCUGGACAUCCUGGAUAUCGGCAGUGUGAUGGGUUCAGGGGAACUGAUCCCGCCUCCGCCCCCUCCCCCCUGCAUCUCUGCCCUGCCCCCGCCCCCGCCUCUUUUUGGGUGCCCCCCACCUCCUCCGAUCCCCGGCAUGCCGCCUCCCCCCCCCUUCAUUGCGCCGGCCCCUCCCAUGCAGCCCCCGCUAGGGUCCCCGCAGCUUAGCCGAGGGGAGCCCCCACUCUUCCAGAAGAAGAAGAAGACUAUACGACUUUUCUGGAAUGAGGUUCGGCCCGUGGACUGGCAGUAUCGGAACCACAAACACUGCCAGGAGUCUCUAUGGUCCAAACUGGAACCAAUCAAAUUGGACACGUCCAAACUGGAGCACCUCUUUGAAACCAAAUCCAAAGAGCUUCCAGUCACCAAGAAAACGGCGGCGGAUGGGAAACGUCAGGAGAUCAUUGUGCUGGACUCCAAGAGGAGCAACGCCAUCAACAUCGGCCUGACCGUCCUCCCCCCGCCCCGCACCAUCAAGACCGCCAUCCUCAACUUUGACGAGUACGCGUUAAACAAGGAAGGCAUUGAGAAAAUCCUGACAAUGAUUCCCACUGAAGAGGAAAAGCAGAAAAUCCAGGAGGCCCAGCUGGCCAAUCCAGAUGUCCCACUGGGCAGUGCCGAGCAGUUCCUCCUCACGCUGUCCUCCAUCAGCGAGCUCUCUGCUCGUCUGCAGCUCUGGGCCUUCAAGAUGGACUAUGAAGUCAUGGAAAAGGAAGUGGCUGAGCCAUUGCAGGACCUGAAGGAAGGGAUGGAUCAGCUAGAGAGGAACAAAACUCUCAGAUAUAUCCUGUCCACACUGCUGGCCAUUGGCAACUUUCUCAAUGGCUCAAAUGCUAAGGGUUUUGAGCUUAGCUACCUGGAGAAGGUUCCAGAGGUGAAGGAUACGGUGCACAAGCAGUCUUUGCUGCACCACGCUUGCACAAUCGUGGUGGAAAAGUUCCCUGACAGCUCAGACCUCUACUCGGAAAUCGGGGCUAUCACUCGCUCUGCCAAGGUGGAUUUCGAUCAGCUGCAGGAGAAUCUGUGCCAGAUGGAGCGCCGCUGCAAAGCAUCAUGGGACCACCUGAAGGUCAUCGCCAAGCACGAGAUGAAGCCAGUGCUCAAGCAGAAGAUGUCAGAGUUCCUGAAGGACUGCGCGGAGAGAAUUAUCAUUCUCAAGAUCGUGCACCGCAGGAUAAUGAACAGGUUCCAUGCCUUCCUGCUGUUCUUGGGCCACCCCGCCUAUGGCAUACGGGAGGUUAGCGUCCACCGGUUCAGCAAGAUCGUGAGCGAGUUCGCCCUGGAGUACCGCACCACGCGCGACCGCGUGCUGCAGCAGAAGCAGAAGAGGGCCAAUCACCGCGAGCGGAACAAGACCAGGGGGAAGAUGAUCACGGACACGGAUGAUGAAGAGGACGGUGAGAGCGGAAAGUUCGGCAGUACGCCCGCAGCGGAGCAGGAUGGCCAGACGCAAGGCCUGCAGUACGCUGAGGAUGCAGCAGAGCACGAGAACAUGAAGGCUGUGCUCAAGAGCAGCCUCCAGGGCGGCGACAGUGGGGCCUCCGUCGUACCCGGGCUGCGCACGCGCACCAGAGCUAGUCGAGGUCGCCUGGGCUUGUGGGCGUCAGUGAACGACGAAUCACCUAAUGCCACGGACGACGCCGCCGACGAGAUCAUGGAGCGCAUCGUGAAGUCCGCCACGCAGGGCCCGAGCCAGCGCACCCAGCCACGCGAGAGGAAGAGGUCCCGUGCCAACCGCAAAUCACUGAGGAGAACACUGAAGAGCGGGCUGACGCCUGAGGAGGCCCAGGCCCUGGGUCUGGCCAGCGGCUCUGAGAUGCAGGUGUGAGAGAGAAAUGGGUCCAGCAGCACACAGAAGCACCUGGAAUCCCCUGCCUCCUCCCUGUACCCCCUCUUCACUCUCUGUGCCCCUCACGAGUAUUCCGCCCUUUCCCUAAAGCCACACCCCCCCCCAGACUGCCCCUCCCACCCACCUUUAUGCCAUACCUUCACGCUUUUGUGUCACUGUGGCUGAAUAUGGUGUGGUUGUCAUUUUAUUUCUCCAUUUUGUGUGGGAGAAAUGCACAGUUUGUCAAGAAGAGAAGAAGGAUAGUGGAUUUAACCCUGGAUGGAGGGUGUGGAUGGAGUUUAUGGGUCAUAAAAUGUAUUAAUGGGGUGACAGUGUGCAAAAAGACAUUUGAAAACUUUGCAAUGAUUUAGCUGAACGAUGCCCUUAUCAAGAGCAACUUAACAAGCUUACAAUCUUGCUAAUUGAGUAACCCACUUGUAUAGCUGGAUUUACAUUGGAGGGAUUUGCAGAAGAUGCUUUGCUUAAGAGUACAAUUGCUUCAACUCAGGAUUCAAAUGCGAUCCCCAGGUCCACAGUCCAGUGUACUGAUCUCUGUAUUACUUUUGAAUCUAGAAAUAUGUGACCCACACUCCCUUAGGUAUCAGCUGAAUCAGGAGGGUAUGAAAUGUAUUUUUUACAGUAGUGAUGUGUGGUCCUCCAGGUAACAAUUACAGUUUUAAAGUGCUUUUACUUGCACUGCCUCAAUAUUUACAUAGGGAUUAGGGAGAAUAGAAUCGUCAGUCACAUCUGUUGAAGCCAUUUUACAUUAUUUAUUACACCUUUGCAUCUGAAGAAUCAUAAAUUGUGACCCUUUUGGCCCUGAAGAUAAUCUCAGUUGGAAAUAGCCUUGUCCUGGGUUUGUAAUGUUCCUCUGUAUGGUGUUUGUGUAAACAGUAGUGGUUUACCUGCCCUGAAUGCACAUGUGGGAUUGGACGGGGAUAUGAUGAAGAGGGCAAAAACAAGCCUAUUAAUAUUAGUCUUGGCAGGAUUAAAUUGUUUUUAAUUUGAUAGUUAGCAAUGGCACCACUCCUCAGCUUCCCCUUCAGUCAGGGGGAUUCCCACAGCCUACCUGGACAAGUCUUCUUCCACCUCAGUGUCUGUGUGAGUUUUACUGGUGGAAGACAGUGAAAAAUAGCAGCAGUUGACAUGCGUGCUUGUCUUUGCUUUCCUGAUUUGGCAGAGGAGGUCGCAGUGAGCAUGCUCAGUGAGCAUGAGCACAAUUACAAUUAUCUGGGCAUUCCAAACUGGGAAAAGGUGGAGGUCAAAUAUUUUCUUUUCCUUUUCUAAAGUCCUUUAUUAAAUGAAAACUAAAUUCUCAUUUUUUACUAGAUUUUCACUUUAUGAAAUUUCACUACAUUGUGCAAAAUUUGUAAAAGAUUCAGGGGAAAAUUACUUGAUUUUUGACUAUUUUAAUGUAUUAGUCCAACAGAAUGAUUAGCUAAUGUUUAGCUAACACAACUUCUGCUUAGUGUGCAAUAAUAAAUCAACAGUUGCUGCAGUUUACUGAAUACACAUUAAAGAAUCAAAUUGGAAACAUAUGUAAUGCAAGGAGGAAAAAAGGAAUGAGAUAAAAAUGUCUCAAAACCCCCACCUCACUCUUCAUUUCACUAGCCAAACACCCCCCCCCCCCCCCCCACCAGCAUAGACAUUCAAAAAUAGAAUGUUUUCAGCUUCUCAGUUUCAUGGAUGUUUUAUCCAAAUGUGAAAGUGAGCCGUGAAAUGUUUAACCUCGAGGAGUUUGGUACAGAACAAUGGAACAUGAUUCCAUGUGUUUGGUCUUCAAACUGUUAUGUUUAUCAGUGGCUAUUUUUGCUCCACCAAGCAGUGUAAGAUUUGUGAAAACAGCAUCUAUGACUGCUUACAUUGAUACAUUGAGUCCUGCCAAGGCUAAAUCUGUUUUUAGAGUUUUCUAUUUGUAUAGAGGUUUCCCCGGUAAUUUCUAAUUAGUUUGUCCAAAAUUAAGCACAGAGCCAACCUUGGGAUGUCUUUUUAGGACACCCUGCUGGAAAGCAUUGCAAAGAGAAAGUGUUGAAUGGAAGCUGAGGGCUGAAAAGAGGCCUUGAAUUUCAAAAGAAACACUGAGUAUGAGGGCAGGAAAGAAGGGCCAUUUUAAUGUUCUUUGGGUUUUUUUUGUUUUUUUUUGUUUUUUGCGCCCCCCCCACCCCCACCCCAAGCCCAGCCACAUGCACACGUACACCCAGCACCUCCCCAGGUUAUGUCCUGCGCUGGUGGAAGGCUUUAGACCAGAGCAAAAAGCACAAAUAUGUCUACGUUGAAGUGUUAACUGGGAAGGUCAGAUAUGUGGGUCAGCAGUGUAACGUACUGCACGGAUGGUGUAAUUCACAUAAUUAAGAUUACAAACAGACACAACACCCCAAUCAGCAGUAGUGACACCCCCUUUAAACUGUAGGCAAAAAAAACAGAAAUCCUACAUGCUGUACCACUUACACUUUAGAUUGUACUCUAGAGACUUCAACAGAUGCCUCAUAUUUCUAUAAGCGCACUCUGCUUAUGUCAGAUGUCAUCAGACUGAUUACUGACAGAAAGGCUUACAAUACUGGGCAUAUAAGUGUUCCACCUGCAGUCUGUCCCUGUCAUAACAGUGUGUGUAACAGUGAUACAUUGCUUUGUCCUCUUUUAACGUAUGUUGAUGUCCACAUUUUUUCCAGCAUUUUGUUCUUUCAGUUCUAUUUUGUUGUAGACACUCUGGCUCGGAGUUGUGCUGUCUUGCAUCAGGGUAAGAUAUCAUGAGCUGAUUACAUCUGUGCACAGAAUAUCGGGUUCCUCAAACCAUGUGAAUGGUGUCAUUAUUUUGAUCAUGUGAUUAAACACUCAGUUACAUGACAGCCAGUCAGAGAGAGGCGUGGGAGGAGGCAGACAGAACGGUGCACAAUCGGACCACUGUAUACAUCUGGGUUACGACCAUUGUCUUUGAUGCUGCAAACAAGAUGAUUGACCACUUCACCCCUCUGAAAGCUGUGAAGUCACAGCCCAUUGUGGAUAGCAGUGAUGCUAAGCAAAGAGAUGGGAUUUGUGGCCUUCGUUUAGCGGAGGGGCCAAAGGUCAGAUCAACAUUGGGCCCAAGAACUUUGACUCAGUGAGGUGUUGGGAUUGGAGAGCAGAAAAUUGGGGAUAAAUAUUAGCUCCUCCCACUGUGUGGAAGUGAUAGAAAAAUCUUGAGUAUUUAAACAACAUCAGGAGAAUUUACAAAAACUGUUUUGCUGUUUGUUUGUUUUUUAAUAGAAACUAAUUUGAAGGGCUUUAGAUGACCGAGUGCCUUUCUCUAUUUAUUCAGCCAUGUUCAGGGAGAAAUUUAAGUGGAUGUAAUCUUCUGUAAUGUAAGGGCUGGCUGAGAUCUGGGUGGCUCAUAAAUAGCAAGCUCCCAGAAUCAGACAGUCAGAAAACCAGACUUCAACAGGUCAUUCAACCGCUGUGAGUUUUAUCUUUUUUCCUUUUCUAACUCCACAGAGUUAAAAGUAUUCUGCUACAUUGUUUUUCUAGUGAUGGUAAAGGAACUAAAUCUCAAAUUAGCCUUUUACUGCUGUUGUGUUUUUGUUUUUUGUUUUUUUUUUUUUGACAAAAAUGGUUUUAGUAAACUUUUUUGGAAUUAUUUAUCGUGAAGAAUUAUUCACACUCUUGACUGCACAACACUUGAGAUAAACAAACAAGUCACUUCUCUAAACGGCACUACGUUCAUUCUUUUUGCUUUUUUAUUUUCAUGGAGGAUAGUACUGUCCUGAUAGUACUGAUAGCGUAGUAUGUACUGUGCAGCACCUUAUUCACCGUUUGUAGCAUGAGAUUUCUAUUAAAUAAAAAUAGCAAGAGUAUUAUUAAUGAGCAAGAAAGUGAUAAAGUCAGUGUCUUCAGUAACAUUUUCUCAGAUGAGAAGUGUAAAAUGGAAACAAUAAAAAUAAAAUGUAAAGUUAAAACGAAAUAAUUUAGACUCAAAAGGACAAAUACUGUAAAAUUAUGUAAAUGUCACUCCUUGUGUUUUAUUUUUGUUUCUUUUUCAAUGUUUGUUUGUAUUUUGUGUAGAAUAGUGUAUAAUAGGCAAAAAAAAAUAGCAGUGUUAUUCUGUGAAUUGUAAUUUAAAGAAAAAAAACAAGCCAUGCAUGGUUCAACAAGAGAAACUGAUGUGUCGCUAAUGCUAGAGUUUAAGGGAGGCUCUUUUACGUUGGAAUUUGACGUUCAGAGUUUUUUUUUUUUUUUUUUUUUUUUGCUUCGAUUACAUUAUUUUGUGUUUUUAAUCUGCAUGGACUUGAAACAUGUUUAGGAAGAUGUAAUCAGUUCACCCUCCUUGCACUCGUGAAGCCUUAGAAAGCAUUGGUUCUAUUGCACUUCUCUAUGAAAAACAGAAGUCAGGUUCCCAAACUCACACAAGCUCAACAUCCCCCAUUGCUGCCAGUGCCAUUUUAGGUCAACGUGGGGAUUGGACUAGGAAUUCAUCCAAACAAUGAACUCUUAUUGCUUCUGUACCCACCACUUAAACAGUAUGUAUACACAUCUUGCAAUAAAAUGCUCUUAUGAAGCAAUUAGAAAGAAA